ACCCAUAUCGAUCGGGAAGCUACGAACGCGUCCAAGCACACGCAUCGCGCGACCAAGGGAAGUGGAUCUGACGAGGCGCGCGCGGCGAGAUCGACGACGCGGGCAACCCACGAGAGCCCCCCGCCUCGGUAAUGGACGGACGCCACUAAGGAAAGAAGGGACGGGAAGAGACGGAGAGAGUUUUCGCCGGAGCAUUUCGUCGAGCACCUGAGGGCGGCGUCGUUCGUGGCCGCGAGAAGAUGUGGAGGAGAUGGCUGUCCUGUAAUCGACCGAGGCUGAACGCCCUGGGCGCGGCGGCUUCCGGGUCCAGCUACGGCGGGGGCCACCGCAUUUGCUCCGCCGUGCCGCCGCCGAGGCCGCCGGCGGUUUUCCGUUUGCUGAGCAGGGCGCUGUGCGUCGAGCCGGCGAGGAACGGAGGGGGGGCUUCGGCGCCGUCGCCGCCGCCGCCGCCGCCGUCUUCUUCUUCGGCUGGAGACAAGGAUCCCAUAUCGUUCGCGGAGGCCAAGAGUCUAAUGCGGCUGGUGAACGUGGAGGCCCUGAAGAAGAAGCUCGGGAUGGAGGAGAAGGAGGUGAUCGCGUACGAGGAGCUGCUCGAGGCGUGCCGGAGCAUCGGGGUCGCCAAAUCCCGGGACGAGGCCGUGGCCUUCGCCCAGGUCCUCGACCAAGCCGGGGUCAUCCUUCUCUUCCGGGACAAGGUCUAUCUUCACCCUGAUAAGGUAGUGGAUCUGGUAAGAAGAGCUGUACCCAUUGCUCUAAUGCCUGAUGACGACCCCUUGAGGGAUGAGCUCAAGCAACUCCAGACGAGAAAGGAAGAAAUUGAUCUCUUGGCACACAAGCAAGUCCGCCGCAUCCUCUGGACGGGGCUGGGGUUGUCUGUGUUUCAGGUCGGGCUUUUCUUUCGGCUAACGUUUUGGGAGUUCUCCUGGGAUGUCAUGGAACCUAUUGCAUUUUUCACUACAACCACGAGCAUAGUACUAGGCUAUGCAUAUUUCCUCUUCACGUCCAGAGACCCUACUUACCAGGACCUAAUGAAGAGGCUUUUUCUCAGACGGCAAAGGAAGCUGUUAAAAAAGUACAGUUUCGAUGUGGAUAGAUUCGUGGAAUUGCAGAAGAAGUGCAAAUCGCCUCUAGACGCCGGCACCUCCAUUAAGAACCGUGUAGGCGUGGAUUUGGAUUUGGAAGAUGCCUUGCGCUGAAAGGUUUUUGUUUUCAGCCGAGGCCUCGCUUUAAAGGUUGAUGUCCUCCUCCUUUUUGGGUACUAACGUGCUUUGAAUUUCUCAGCUGUAAACUUUCACUUUUCGGGCUUCGCCUGCUAUUAUUCGGAAGGAAACAACAAAUUUACUCAGUUAGGAAGUAUUGUUUUGUAAAGAUGACUGCUAAAUGUUCUCGUAUUUUGUCGCAAACCGUCCCAUGACCUCAAGGGACGCACCCGCCGUGUCCUGGAAUUUCCCUGUCAAGCCUACGCUUUUGGCUUGUGCUAUAAUUCCUACGUGCCCUGAAUUCGAUCCUAUGCUUGUUC